AGCAGCAGACUGAUCUAGGGAAGCAGUGGCCUCUGGCCCAGGGCCGAUACAACCAGAAUGGCCUUCCUGAUACACCUGCUGGUCUGUGUCUUCGGAACGGGUUCCUGGGUAGCCGUCAAUGGACUCUGGGUAGAGCUGCCCCUGCUGGUGACAGAGCUGCCCGAAGGCUGGUACCUGCCCUCCUACCUCACAGUGGUCAUCCAGCUGGCCAACAUCGGCCCCCUCCUGGUCACUCUGUUCCAUCAUUUCCAGCCUGGCUGCCUUUCUGAGGUGCCCGUCAUCUUCGCCGUGCUGGGUGUGGGCACCAUCGCCUGUGUCCUCUUCGCCUUCCUCUGGAAUGUGACCUCCUGGCUCCUGGGUGGCCCCCAUAGCAUCGCCUUCAUAGUCCUCACCUUCUUCCUGGCCCUGGUGGACUGUACCUCUUCGGUCACCUUCCUGCCCUUCAUGAACCGGCUGCCCCCCCAGUACCUCAACACCUUCUUUGUGGGUGAAGGGCUCAGCGGCCUCCUGCCUGCCCUGGUGGCUCUUGCCCAGGGCUCAGGUCUUACCACCUGUGUCAAUGUCACUGAGAUGUCAGACGUGCCAACCCCUGUGACCACCAGGGAGACCAACGUCACACAGGGAGUUCUCAGCACCUUGUCAGCCCUCCCCAGGACUGCAGCCACCAUGGUGCAGCUAGAAAGCCGCUACCUCCCAGCGCACUUCUCGCCCCUGGUCUUCUUCCUUGUACUGUCCUGCAUGAUGGUCAGCUGCCUCGUCGCGUUCUUUCUGCUCCAGCACCAACGCAAGCACUGGGACACCUCUGUAGAGGACCUUCUCAACUCCCAGGUCACCCUCCAUUCCAUCCGGCCACGGGAAGAAAAGGACCUAGGCCCUCCAGACAGCAGCCAGGGCCAGGAGCACAGAGAGGAGAAGCCGGCCCCGCAGCAUCCGGCUCGCCUGGCCUUCAUCUACAUACUGGUGGCCUUUGUGAACACACUCACCAACGGUGUGCUGCCCUCAGUGCAGACCUAUUCCUGCCUGUCCUAUGGACCUGUCGCCUACCACCUGGUUGCCACACUCAGCUCCAUGGCCAACCCUCUUGCCUCCUUCCUCUCCAUGUUCCUGCCUAACAGGUCUCUGCCAUUCCUGGGAGUCCUCACAGUGCUUGGGACCAGCUUUGGAGCCUACAACAUGGCCAUGGCUGUGAUGAGCCCCUGCCCCCUCCUGCAGGGCCACUGGGGGGGGAUGGUAAUCAUCGUGACGUCGUGGGUGCUGUUCACCGGGUUUCUCACCUACGUCAAGGUGAUGCUGGGCGUGAUCCUGCGCGACCACAGCCGCAGCGCCCUCCUGUGGUGCGGGGCGGCGGUGCAGCUGGGCUCCCUGCUAGGGGCGGUGCUCAUGUUUCCGCUGGUCAACGUGCUGCGGCUCUUCCAGGCGGCUGACUUAUGCAACCUGCACUGCCCCGCCUAGGCGGCCACCCGCCAUGACUAAGUCCUGGAAACUGAGACCCACGGAGGCAGAGCCUGAGUACUUGAACCAGUACUCGAACCUCCAUUCGCGACUGUGGGGAAUGUCACAGCCUUCCCGUAGGACCUGAAAAUGCAAGGCAUCGCCCUUCCCCCAACUCUGUAUCACCGUGCCUGUGACUGCGCUGCAUCAGAUCUUUCCUUCGACUCUUGAGAGAAAACUAAUUUGCAGCAUCCAGUGGAGGCGGACAAAGGAUGUUAGGAGGGAAACAACUGGGAGAGUCAGCUGUCCCUUGCAAGCUCUGUAGCCUUGGGGAGGUCACUUGACUUCCCUGUGCCUGUUUCCUCACCCAUAAAAUGGGGAUUAUUAUUAUAAUAUAUAUAUUUGAGACAGAGUCUCACUCUGUUGCCCGGGCUAGAAUGUCAUGGUGUCACAGCUCAUAGCAACCUCAUACUCUUAGGCUGGCGCAAUCCUCUUGUCUCAGCCUCCCCAGUAGCUGAGACUACGGGCGUGCACCACCAUGCCUGGCUAAUUUUUCUAUUUUUAGUAGAGGCAGGGUCUCUCUCAUGCUCAGGGUGGUCUCAAACUCUUACUCCUCGGCCUCUCAGAGUGCUAGGAUUACAGCCCUCCUGGGCAUUUCCUGAUCUGACGCCCCACAAUAAUAGCAAGAGUGGCUAUCAACACAACCUAGAAGUAGCCAGAGGGGUUGAGAGAGGGGCCCCUGUCCUCUCUUCCUUUCCCCUUAUCCUCACGCGAAGACCUCUUGCAAGACAGAUGGCUAGCCUGGUAGAAUCCUGGGCAUCCUGGCUUUUUUUUUUUUUUUUUUUUCUGUAAAGACAGAGUCUCACUUUAUUGCCCUCAGUAGGUGCCAUGGCGUCCCACAGCUCACAGCAACCUCCAACU